CCAAGGAGGAGUACCUUUGUGCUUUGAAUACUAAGGGUAUGGCUACGAGGCGUCCACGAAAGGUUAAUAGGAGGGGCGAGGAGAAUAUUAAUGAAGCAGGCACUAGUGAGCCAGUAGCACCGACUACCAGUGUGCCCCCUAAUAGUGGACCAGCUACGUCUGCCCAAAAUGCUUCUGUUUUGGAUGAGGCUGCAAUCAACAGGAUGAUUCAGACAGCCAUUACUGAGGCCUUUAGGAGGGUGAUCCCGGAGGGUAUAAGUAACCAAGUGAACACAAAUCCCUCAGCUCCAGUAGUUCAGCCACAGCUCCAAAUACCAGUUCCACCUCCAGUAACUGGACCAGUUAUGCCGAUGGGUGCUACACCUUCUGGACAAGUAGAACCAAUCUAUAAUCUUUCUCAAAAGCACCAACCUCCAGAGUUCAGUGGUUCAAACGAUCCGGCGGUAACAGAGGAGUGGCUAGAGACUGUUGAACGGGCAAUGGCCUUGUUUCCCAUGAGUGAUCAGGAAAAAGUCCGCUAUGCUUCCUAUUUGUUGAGAGGAGAUGCUCGGGUAUGGUGGAAGCUAAUGGAGCAUACCUAUGUGACGAGUAAUCUUUCCUGGAAUGAAUUUAAAAGGCUAUUUGAAGCAGAAUAUCGGUCGGCAGACAUGUUAUCCGUGAAGACUCAAGAGUUCACGGAAUUGAAGCAGGGUAAUAUGACUGUUAGAGAGUAUGCUACAAUGUUCAACUCCUUAGCCCGUUUUGCUCCUACUAUGGUGAGUACUCAACAGUGCCGGUUAGAGAGAUUUAUUAAUGGACUACACCCAAAAAUUGCCCAGAUUGUUAUAGCGGGUGGUCAACCUCCUCAGACUUAUAGUGAGGCCUUGGAACGGGCAUUGAGGGCGGAGAUUUAUGUGAAUAAGGAGAGGCGGAUGGAGAACCCCAAGUUGGUGAUUGGUAGUUCUAGUUCAGGCCAGACAGCAGUUCAGAAAGUUGAAGUGGGGAAUUCCACUCAGGCCUCAGAGGACAAAGGUAAAAGAAAGUUUCAGCAAGGAUUUCAAAAGAAGGGUGGCAAGAAUAAGAGGACUUCACAGCAACAACAGAGAAGGAAUAAUCUUCCCCAUUGUCAAAAAUGUGGGAGGCAGCAUAAAGGGAAUUGUCUAUUAGGAACCAAUGUGUGUUUCAAAUGUAAACAACCGGGACACAUGGCAAAGGACUGUAAAGUUACUCAAGCUACUUCCCUUCAGACUGUUGGAGGUUCGACUGCCAGAGUUUACUCAGUGGCUCAGAAAGAAGCUGAAGCCAAUCCAUCUGCAGUUACUGGUAAGGAUUAAGGCAUGAAGCUGGGAGAGGAUUCCGAGGGACGCUAUGAGCAUGAAGG